AUGAGUGCUGUCCGAAAAUCCGCUCACAACAUGAAGUACCGCUUCCUGGGCAACACGGGGCUGCUGGUCUCCCAACUCUCGUUCGGAAGCUUCGUCACCUUCAACACGCAAAAUGACUUCGAGAAAACGUACGCCAUCAUGGAGCACGCUUUCAAGAACGGCAUCAACUUCUUCGACAACGCCGAGGCUUACGCCGACGGGGAGUCCGAAGUUUGCAUGGGCAAGAUCAUUGCAACGGGCGUUGAACGGGGCGUCUGGACUCGAGAGGAUCUGGUCAUCAGCACCAAGAUUUUCUUCGGUGCGAAGAUGUUCUCCGGUGGCGGUGGCCCGAACGACACGGGGCUGAGCCGUAAGCACGUUGUCGAGGGCACGAAGGCGUCGCUCAAGCGCUUCGGAUUGCAGUACGUGGACCUGAUCUUCUGCCACCGUCAAGACCCGUACACUCCUAUGGAAGAGAUUGUUCGUGCGAUGAACUACGUCAUCGAGCAGGGGUGGGCGUUCUACUGGGGGACGAGCGAGUGGACGGCUGCGGAGAUCAUGGAGGCUUGCGAGGUGGCUGACCGCCUCGGCCUCAUUCGUCCGGCCUUCGACCAGACCCGCUACAACAUCCUGGACCGCUCUCGCGUGGACUACGACUUCGUGAACUUGAACAAGAAAUACAACUACGGAGUCACCGCCUUCUACGCGUUGGCCGGUGGUGUGCUGACCGGUAAGUACAGCAAUGGCACCCCCAAGGGAUCUCGCAUCAUCAUCCAAGCGUUCACAAAGAUGAUCGAGAAUGGCCUCGAGGAGAAGACCGCGAAGGCCCUGCAGCUCGCUGAAGUGGCCAAGGAAGUGGGCUGUACCCUACCCCAGCUAGCAAUCGCCUGGAGCGUCUCGAACGAGAACGUAUCGACGGUGUUGCUUGGUGCUUCGCGAAUCGAGCAACUGGACGAGAACCUCAAGGCUCUGGAGUUCGCCGACCAGAUCACUCCAGCGAUCCGAGCCAAGAUCGAUGCCAUCGCCCAGUUCACGCCGGAGACGCCACAGGUUCAGGCGGUCGUGCACGAUAUGCGCAGCAAGUGGCUGUAA